AAAAGUUAGCCCAAGGAGAGAUAGCCAAAUCAUAUUCGGUAAACGCAGACAUCAAUCACACAGAAAAACAAAAUUCACAAAACUGCAAAGAGACACAUAAGAAUAACUUACUCGGCGAUCGAAUCUUGUCCUAAAAAAGAUUGAAACUUACAGAAGAUCUAUCUAAAUUCUAAAUUCUAAAUUCGUGAGGUUAGUGGGAUGGCGCAAGGAAGCAUGGACCCUGAAGCUCUCGACGACAUCAUUCGGCGUUUGCUUGAUUACAGAAACACUAAGCCAGGGACGAAGCAGGCUAUGAUGCUCAACGACUCUGAGAUCCGACAGCUUUGCGUUGUCUCCAAACAGAUAUUCCUUCAGCAGCCCAGUCUCCUUGAGCUCGAUGCCCCCGUCAAGAUCUGCGGUGAUAUUCACGGUCAAUACUCAGAUUUGCUGCGCCUUUUCGAGUACGGAGGUUUCCCUCCUGCAGCAAACUACUUGUUCUUGGGAGAUUACGUCGACCGUGGGAAGCAGAGUUUGGAGUCUAUCUGUCUUCUCCUUGCCUACAAGAUCAAAUACCCCGAGAACUUCUUUCUCUUAAGAGGCAACCAUGAGUGCGCAUCUAUCAACAGAAUCUAUGGAUUCUACGACGAGUGUAAACGGAGAUUCAGCGUGAAACUCUGGAAAGUGUUUACAGACUGUUUUAACUGCCUCCCUCUGGCUGCAGUCAUAGACGAGAAGAUACUUUGUAUGCACGGUGGACUUUCUCCUGAUUUGACAAGUGUGGAACAGAUUAAGAACAUAGAGCGUCCAACUGAUAUUCCAGACUCUGGUUUGCUCUGUGACCUUCUUUGGUCUGAUCCUAGUAAAGGCGUCAAGGGCUGGGGGAUGAAUGACCGUGGAGUCUCCUACACUUUUGGUGCUGACAAAGUCGCCGAGUUUCUAAUCAAAAACGAUAUGGAUUUAGUCUGUCGUGCCCACCAGGUUGUAGAGGAUGGGUAUGAGUUCUUUGCCGAUAGACAGCUUGUGACUAUAUUUUCUGCUCCAAACUACUGUGGUGAGUUCGACAAUGCGGGUGCAAUGAUGAGCGUCGAUGAAAGUUUGAUGUGCUCCUUCCAAAUUCUUAAGCCUGCGGAUCGAAAGCCAAGGUUCUUCUGAGGUAUUACUUACACAUAUUGAAACUUCCUCAUGGUUUCAGAAUCUCCACUUGCUACAUUGGUUUCAUCUGGAAAUACUGUAGUUAAAAAGUUCUCUCAUCUAUGACUAAGCUUUGAUCGCAUCUGUUGGAUUACAAUAGCGACUCAUUUGAUGUACAGAGAGCUUUUUUUAAGAGUUUGUAACAAUUUUUCAUGUUUCAUUCAUCAUAAUGACUUUUCUGUCGUUGAAAGUGGUUA